UAAUGUUUGACGGCGCAGGUCUUUGAGAGACGUCACUGCACAAGCAAUUGAUUUUAUUUUUAAUGUAAAAAACGUAAAAAUUUAGUGAUAUAAAUUUAAUAAAAAGUUGUGCAAAUAACCAAUAACUUUAGACAAAAAAAGAAAUAAUUAAUUUAUAAAGAAUAUAAAACACAAGAAGAUAACAUGGCCGAUAAACCACCAACAACAGCAAUGCCAGCAGCAAGUGAACCAUUUCCAGGUUCCCGCACACCCGGCUGGAAUGAUCCACCCACAUUGGCCUAUAAUCCACUAUCGGCAUCGUCGGGCGGUGGCCCUGGACGGCCACGUAUUAAUCUCAAUAAAAGAGUAGCUUAUCCUCUGCAAGGUACUGUUACGCCCACGGCCAGCUCAACAAAACCCACAGCGGUGGUGCUACCAAAUCAAGCUAGUGCUGGUUUGCCACCACCACCACCACCCACAACGGCCUCUAUAAUGCAACCCGUGGCUGUGGUACAUCCCAUGCCACAUAAUGCUAGUGAACAGGAAAAUAUAAGUCUACCCACAGAUGCUGUCAGCAGCAGCUUUCGUUGUCUAAGGGAGCGAGUUCCUCUAGUGCAAGAAUCCAUAAAUGUACGCCGAGAAGAGAUAGAAAGGCGCUUGGGUGUUAUAGAACAACUUUGGCAAACGGGUAAUCUGAGUGCGGCCGUGCAGCAGAAAAUCUAUCGUUUAAGUCAGGCCGUCUCAAGACGCUCUCACAAUGAGGCCAUGGAAAUCUAUACAUCGCUAGUAGCAAAUCAUGCCAAUGAAUGUACUUCCUGGGCUGUAACACUACGACAUAUUGUCUUGACAAUACCGAAUAAUAAUUCGGCUACAACUAGCGGCCAUGAGUUCAUGAUCAAUACCGCUAAUAGCACGCCUCUGCCGGCUGUUAAUCAUGCUACAGGAAGCUCAAAUUUAGUUACUGCUGUACCCACCAUGACUGUUACCGCUAUGCCACGUUCCUCAACGGAAGAAAACCCCUUAUCCUCCUCCGCCAAUUCGACUGUAGCUCCCGCCAUCUCUAGAGUUCAGCAUAUAUGAUAAACAUUUCAAAAAACAUCUAUCCCAAACACAAUAAUAUUUUAGCAACAAAAACCCACUUUCCAAGCCAAUUUGAAAUUUGAACAUUUUAAACACGCAUUUAAAAGUUUUAAACUUUUGUUCCUCUUAAUUUGUGGCUA